AGAUCACGUGGGUGCAAUGGGUCGUUACUGAAGCAAACAACCUGUGUAAUGUAUCAGCUUUAUGUACUCAAGCAGAAAACAGUUUAAGGAUUCACCACUCUCCUGCCUUGAAGAGAAAACGGAGCCAUGAGCACAGCAGGAAAAGUAAUCAAAUGCAAAGCAGCUGUGCUAUGGGAGAUAAAGAAACCCUUUUCCAUAGAGGAGGUCGAGGUCGCACCACCUAAGGCCCAUGAAGUUCGUAUUAAGAUGGUGGCCUCAGGAAUCUGUCGUUCUGAUGAUCACGUGGUUAGUGGAGCACUUGUCACACCUCUCCCUAUAAUCUUGGGCCAUGAGGCAGCUGGCAUUGUGGAAAGCAUUGGAGAAGGAGUGACUACAGUAAAACCAGGUGACAAAGUCAUUCCACUCUUCACGCCCCAGUGUGGAAAAUGCAAUGUUUGUAAACACCCGCAAGGCAAUUUCUGCUUGAAAAAUGAUCUGAGCAAGCCUCGGGGGUUCAUGCAGGAUGGAACUACCAGGUUUGUCUGCAGAGGAAAUCCUAUCCACCAUUUCAUCAGCACCAGCACCUUCUCCCAGUACACAGUGGUGGAUGAGACUGCAGUGGUCAAGGUCGAUGCAGCCGCACCAUUGGAGAAAGUCUGUCUCAUUGGCUGUGGAUUUUCUACUGGGUAUGGGUCUGCAGUCAAUGUUGCCAAGGUCACCCAGGGUUCCACCUGUGCGGUGUUUGGCCUUGGAGGAGUUGGCCUGUCUGUGAUCAUAGGCUGCAAAGCAGCAGGAGCAGCCAGGAUCAUUGGGGUGGACAUCAACAAAGAAAAAUUUGCAAAGGCCAAAGAGGUGGGUGCCACUGAGUGCAUCAGCCCUCAGGACUACAAGGAACCCAUCCAGGAUGUGCUGAAGGAAAUGAGUGGUGGCGGUGUGGAUUUUUCAUUUGAAGUCAUUGGGCGGCUUGACACCAUGGUGGCUGCCUUGUCCUGCUGUCAAGAGUCCUAUGGUGUAAGCGUCAUUGUAGGAGUACCUCCUAAUUCACAAAAUCUCUCUAUGAACCCUAUGUUGCUAUUGACCGGACGUACCUGGAAAGGAGCAAUUUUUGGUGGCUUUAAGAGUAAAGAUUCUGUCCCCAAACUUGUGGCUGAUUUUAUGGCUAAGAAGUUUCCACUGGAUCCAUUAAUAACCCAUGUUUUACCUUUUGAAAAAAUAAAUGAAGGAUUUGACCUGCUUCGCUCUGGAAAGAGCAUCCGCACCAUCCUAACAUUCUGAGACCAUAUGGAUGGCUUCAUUUCAGCAGGCUUUUGGCUCGUGAACCUUCUGGAACAAGCAGCCAAACAACAUCACCAAUUCUGUUCUUCAGAGAUGCAGUCAACAAAUCGUGCAUGAGAGCUAUCCAAAAGAAACAAAAAUUCAUGUGAAAUACUUUUUCAAGCCAAUGUUUAAAAUUCAAGUGAGAGCUAGAUGAAUCAUUAGCUGCAUAGUUGAAUCCAGUAAACUUUCCUUCUUAAUCAUUCUACUCAUGUUGAAUUAUGGCAUCUUUCCAUUAAAGAAAGACAGGUA